AUAUUUUACCAACACCAACAUUUCAAAAAAUCUUGCAAGAUACAAAGUUUCCUUUCACUUCAGAAUUAUUACCACGUUGGGUAUUAAAAUAUUCUGUUCUUAUAAAAUGUCGUGAGGUUGUUGCUAACAAAGG